AUGUUGAGAUUUGGCGGCAGAGCUCUGGUAAAGGUGGGGAUGGUGAAGUCUUGUCACCUAGUGAAACCUGUAUCAGCAACUCUGGUUGCUGGCAGAAAACUGACCCAGCAGCAGGGAGUGCCCAGGCAGCCUGUACCCCCUCUGGAUCAGACCUGUGAUCACUACCUCAGCAUUGUGGAGACCGUUGUGGAGCCAGAACAGUUGAAUCAAACAAAAAAAGUGGUGGAGGACUUUCAGAAACCAGGAGGGGUCGGAGAGAGACUGCAGAGAGGCCUGGAGAGAAGGGCGCGUAGCACUGCGAACUGGUUAACAGACUUUUACAAGAAGGCUGAUUAUCUCGACAAACGGAAGCCUUUGGUCAUUUUUUCCAACACUGGGGGGCUCGUCCGAAAAAAAGCGAUAAGGGAUAUUAAUAAGGAACAGACAUGGUGGGGUUCCAGAUUCACAGGGGCACUAUUGGAGAUCAAGACAAGGAUUGACAAUGGGACCCUACCAGUUGACUACAUCGCAGGAAGGCCACUGUGUAUGAAGGACUUUGACAAUCUGAUGUCAUCCUGCCGUAUCCCUGGUCCAAAGAUAGACUCACUGGCAUUCUGGGGCAAGAGCGCCAACCCGCCGAAACACUUUACUGUUGCACACAAUGGUCAUUUCUUUAUGAUGGAUGCGUACAACAGUGAUGGGCUGCCUCUGACAACUGAUCAGCUCUAUGUUCAGCUGGAGAGGAUCCGCAACUCCUCACUAGAGACCAACAUGGACCCUGUCGGUAUCCUCACUACUCAGCAUCGUGAUAUAUGGUUUAAAGUCUACACCAACCUCAUAAAGGACGCAAAUGGGCAGCAAGAGAAUAGACCCUCCCUGCAGGUUAUCACAAGAUUGGACAAGAUAGAGAUACAGAGAGAGACUAAUAUGGAGCCUUUGCCCAUGCCCAAGAAACUACACUUCAACAUCACACCUGAGAUAAAGAAGGACAUUGAGGAUGCCAAGCAGCACAUGGACAUGCUGGCCCAAAACCUGGAUGUGAAGGUUAAGGUAUUUGACCAUUUUGGGAAAAAAGUCAUAAAGGACCACAAGAUGAGCCCGGAUGGUUUCGUACAGAUGGCAAUACAGCUGGCCUACUACAGGUUGAACCAGCAGCUAUGUCCAACAAUGGAACCUAUGACCCUGCGCAUGUUCAGAGAGGGCCGUUUGGCACUAAUGAAUUCAAGCACGAGUGCCGCUGCUGCCUUUGUCAAGGCCUUUGAUGACCCCAAAAAACAGAACUCAGAGAAGAUGGAUUUAUUGGAGAAAGCUAUAAACACACACAGAAUGAUCACGCUCAUGGGAAUCAGUGGACAGGCCGUACAAGGACAUCUCUUGGGUCUGAGGAUGCAGGCUGUUGAAGAAGGAAUCCCCAUGCCUGAUAUCUUCACAGACACUUCCUACAGUAAAGCCUUUGACUUCAAACUCAUCACAAAUCAGGUAACAUCCAGGACUGGAUGUAAGCCAUGUCUUGGCCCUGAAGAACCCGAUGUAGACAAUGUGUACUAUGGUAUUCUGAACGACAACAUUGACUUGACAGUGUCCAGUUUCAAAAAGACCAAGAGAGAAGAUUAUGCAGCACACCUGCUCCAAGCCGUGGAGGGUGCACUGUUGGACAUAAGGACCCUCCUGGAACAAACUCCAAGAGCUGAAAUGGAAAACUAA